CUUUUCUGUUCUUAUUUCUUGGCUCUUUCUCCUCCUGAGGCCUAUUUACACUUUUAUUCCACUUAAGCUUAUUCAGUAUUGAGUAUUUGUUUGCUCGUUACUCUGACUGGCGAUAAUGGCGAGCAACAUCCUCCCAGGCCAUGGCUCUGGUCACAGAGAUGAAUCAACCCCGCUUCUGCCGCAGAUCUCAAGUCACAUUGCUCACGAGGGAGAAAGCGGAAGAAGCGGUUUUCAUCCACGACAUUUCCUUGCUGUUCUCUGGCGAAGCUCCUGCACCGCGUCGAAAUGGGUGAACAUCCUGUGGCCCUUUGUCCCCAUCGCCAUCAUCCUUCAGUUCUUCCCUGGCCUGCAUCUCUGGAAGUUUGCUACUGCGUAUAUCGCUGUCAUUCCAACUGCCAAUCUGCUUGGAUUCGCUGGACAGGAGUUUGCGCGAAAGCUGCCAAAAGUAGCUGGUAUUCUCAUCGAGACGACGUUUGGGUCUAUCAUUGAGAUUAUUCUCUUCCUUGUUUUGCUUUCGAAGCAUCAAGUUAACGCUCCUGAAGACAACGGCGAUGAAGGAAACCUCAUUCCAAUCAUCCAAGCCGCGAUCCUUGGUAGCAUCCUGACCAAUCUUCUUCUCUGUCUCGGCCUCUGUUUCUUCGUUGGUGGCCUCAAGCAAGCCAGCCAAAAGUUCCACGCUAUUGUCUCAGAGGUUGGCACAGGACUUCUUCUUGUCGCAGCAUUUGGUCUUCUCAUUCCCAGUGCAUUCUACUCCGCCCUCAAAGCCGAGGUUGUACCCGACUUCCCAGGCUUCCGAGUUCUGCACGAGAAAUUCACAGAGGGUAAACUCCAAGACGAUGUCCUUCGCAUUAGUCAGGCUACAUCUAUUGCACUGAUUAUUGCCUUCUUCUUCUACAUCUGGUAUCAAGCCAGCAGCCAGCAUAGCAUCUUCGAUGAGGUUAUUGAGAUGGAUGAGCACCGAGAUGCUGAUCGCGAGGCUGAUAUGGAGAAGCCCAAGUUUACCAUGACUGAGACCAUUGUUGCUCUGUUGAUUGCCCUUGCUUUUGUGACUGCUCUUUUGAUCUUCCUUGUUGAGAAGAUUGAGCAUGUUGUUGAAAGUGGAGUGCCUGAUCAGUUCUUGGGUCUCAUUCUAUUGCCUUUUGUUGAGAAGGCUGCUGAACAUUUGACAGCUAUUGACGAAGCAUAUGAUGGUGUUAUCAACGUUGCUUUGUAUCACUGCCUUGGGCCUUCCAUCCAGACUGCCCUAUUCAACGGCCCCCUUGUCGUUCUCGUAGGCUGGGCCAUCGGAAAGCCUAUGGACUUGAACUUUGAGAUUUUCAUGAUCGCACUACUUGUCCUGUCUAUCUUGGUGGUUGGAAACUUCCUCCGUGAUGGCGAGUCCAACUGGCUUGAGGGCUCACUUCUCGUGGUCAUCUAUGCUAUUAUUGCUAUCGCAUGCUGGUACUAUCCAAACCCUGACGUGGCUACUUCCAAUGGCCUCGAAGGUUCCGAAAUGGUCAACGUCACCAUGAGUGUUGACACUCUGCGUCAACUGCAGAAACUCAUUAAUGCACAGCUGCCACAGAAUUAAACUGUUUGCUAAGCUUAUGGUGAUGCAAUUUUCAGGCUGCUUGAGAACUUACGUGAGGGUACUUACGUGAGGGUGAAGAUGGAAAGUUGUCGCCGAAUCAGGGGAUUGUCUUGGCGAAGGCUCCCUUGUGAGUUUUUACGCGUUGGAUGGACAGUUCGAGUUAUCAUGUGUUACGGAGAUAUUGAGAUUACUGAUCAAGCCUUUUAUUUUCGGAGCGUUAUUUACAGUAUGUCGAUUCAUGGCCUAGGCUUUUGAACUAUUGUUUCUCAAUCAUCAAAACCUGACUGUCAUAAUCUCCCUCAAACCUCAAUUGAAUGCCCAGGUUCAUCAGCGUCGAACCAGAAACCGUCUGGUUAUUAUCCACCUUGUACUUGGCAC